AUGGGUAUUUCCGGUAGUGAUUUCAUCAUGUCAUUUCCUAACUACUUGAUGAAGAACUCACGAAAAAACAAAAUUAGUUUAUACCUGUCGACUCCAUUGAAUCGUAAGGUAGACGUCAACAUAACAGCGCCAGAGUAUAAAGGAGCCUAUCAAAUUAACAAGAAGUUAAUGUUGACGCCUGGUACAUCAAAGGAAAUCACAUUAACGAAGAAAUUUCGCAUGCCACCUGGAACUAGCAUCUCGGCAAGGACACUGGUGAUCACGGCCUCUGAUCUAAUAGACGUUGUGGGAAGCAAUACGUAUGAGUUACGUGGAGAUGCGUUCAGCGCGAUACCAGACAACUUUCUAGGAAAGGAGUACGUGGCUGUUUCAUAUAAACCUAUACAAUGGACAGUGAAAAAUGCAGCCUCGUUCGUUACCAUCAGUGCUGGAAUCAGAGCUACGUCAACUCGGCUUACGAUCACAUUUCCACCAUGGGUAAACGACGAACGUGUGUUUCUGAACGGCAGUUGGUAUGGCGCAGAAGAGUGCGCCGAGGUGUGGCUCAAGUCUCUGGAAACACUUCAGAUACAAACUGAGCACGAUUUGACGGGUACUUUCGUAAGUGCAAGCCAAUCCGUGGCGGUGUACAGCGGGGUUAAUAGAACGAUCGUCUUCAAAAAGAACACAAAAUGUGUGGGAUCACACUUGCUGGCUCAGAUGCCACCAAUUGAUCGGGCAGGGUUGGAGUACGUCGCAUUCGACUAUCCUUACCGAGAAAACUACCGAGGCUCAAUAUAUCGAAUAAUCGCCACAGAGGUCAAUACAAGAGUGACGCUGCCUGGGAGACUCCACGUGCUAGAAAAAAGGGGACAACAUAUGAAAUGCAACAAAACCAGUAAUAGUAGCGCAAAUUAG